UGUUGGAGCUGGCAGCCUAGGAAUGAAUCUCUUCUCAGCCUCUAAGCUUACCUGGUCAGAACCCUUGGAUGAGCCUGUGGGACCCUUCCUCCUAGCCCUGUGGUUUGGAACCAGUGGCUUUGGGACUGUAAGAGGAUGGACAAAGAUUCUCAGGGGCUGCUAGAUUCAUCCCUGAUGGCAUCAGGCACUGCCAGCCGCUCUGAGGAUGAGGAGUCACUGGCAGGGCAGAAGCGGGCCUCCUCACAGGCCUUGGGCACCAUCCCUAAACGGAGAAGCUCCUCCAGGUUUAUCAAGAGGAAGAAGUUUGAUGAUGAGCUGGUGGAGAGCAGCCUGGCUAAGUCCUCUACCCGGGCGAAGGGGGCCAGUGGGGUGGAACCAGGGCGCUGUUCUGGGAGCGAACCCUCCUCUAGUGAGAAGAAGAAGGUGUCCAAGGCCCCCAGUACUCCUGUUCCACCCAGCCCAGCCCCUACCCCUGGACUCACCAAGCGUGUGAAGAAGAGCAAACAGCCACUUCAGGUGACAAAGGAUCUGGGCCGCUGGAAGCCUGCAGAUGACCUCCUGCUCAUCAAUGCUGUGUUGCAGACCAAUGACCUGACAUCUGUCCACCUGGGUGUGAAGUUCAGCUGCCGUUUCACCCUUCGGGAGGUCCAGGAGCGCUGGUACGCCCUGCUCUACGAUCCUGUCAUCUCCAAGCUGGCCUGCCAGGCCAUGAGGCAGCUGCACCCAGAGGCCAUCGCUGCCAUCCAGAGCAAGGCCCUGUUUAGCAAGGCUGAGGAGCAGCUGCUGAGCAAAGUUGGAUCGACCAGCCAGCCCACCUUGGAGACCUUCCAGGACCUGCUGCACAGACACCCCGAUGCCUUCUACCUGGCCCGCACUGCCAAGGCUCUGCAGGCCCACUGGCAGCUCAUGAAGCAGUACUACCUGCUGGAGGACCAGACAGUGCAGCCACUGCCCAAGGGGGACCAAGUGCUGAACUUCUCCGAUGCAGAGGACCUGAUUGACGACAGUAAGCUCAAGGACAUGCGAGAUGAGGUCCUGGAACAUGAGCUGACAGUGGCCGACCGGCGCCAGAAACGGGAGAUUCGGCAGCUGGAACAGGAACUACAUAAGUGGCAGGUGCUCGUAGACAGCAUCACAGGCAUGAGCUCUCCAGACUUUGACAACCAGACGCUGGCGGUGCUGCGGGGCCGCAUGGUGCGGUACCUGAUGCGCUCGAGAGAGAUCACCCUGGGGAGGGCAACCAAGGAUAACCAGAUCGACGUGGACCUGUCUCUGGAGGGCCCAGCCUGGAAGAUCUCCCGGAAGCAAGGGGUCAUCAAGCUGAAAAACAACGGUGAUUUCUUCAUUGCCAAUGAGGGUCGGCGGCCCAUCUAUAUUGACGGACGGCCCGUGCUGUGUGGCUCCAAGUGGCGCCUCAGCAACAACUCCGUGGUGGAGAUUGCCAGCCUGCGAUUUGUCUUCCUCAUCAACCAGGACCUCAUUGCCCUUAUCCGGGCCGAGGCUGCCAAGAUCACACCACAGUGAGAGUGGAGGCAGGAGCCAUGGGCUCUUUCUGGCCUCGGUAUCCCCUGCCAUUCCAGCUCCCUGGAGCUGGGAAGUCGGGCUCCUGGAAAAAUCAGAGUGGGCAGCAGGAGACCCAACUGACAGCCCAUUGAUCUGAGCCUCUGUGGGGGCAGGGCUGGCCCGCAGGGCCUCCCGGAGGCUGGGGUCCUGCACCUUCCUGACAGCCAGAGCCCCUCCCCUUCUCUCUGCAGACCACCAUCCCCUUCUCCCCCAGAUUCUCUCCUUCAUCCCUGUGUCUCCAGCUGAUUAGCUUCAGACUUUUCCUUUAUUAUUUUUCUUUUGUAAAUAAAAGGCACUGAGUUCCAAAGUA